AUGUCGCAAGCAUCCAUGAGAAAUCAACCUUAUCAGCAGAAUGUAGUAGAGGAAAGAACGAACAAGGAUGUCGUGUAUGUUGGGUGCCUAGUGCCUCUACAUGCUUCUGAGCCCUCAGAGGCCAAUUCUUUGUCUGAGGGUAAUUGGCCUGAGAGGGGGUCUCAUCAAAUCAAGAUCGCUGACACAGUGACGAGGCAUGAACAGAUCAGUGACAGUGGAUGUCAGGAAACGACAUCCACUCUCACUCAAGAUCCACUAUUUGGCCACAACAUCCACUACCCCCUUCGGACAUCCACUCAAGGCCCCCGACAUCCAGUGAAGCACAUUCAGAAUGAAUUGGACUCGUCAAAAACAAAGUUUCCGCUGCAACUGGGAAAAAUUGUGCCAGAUCGAGUGGGAGAGCUAUUCGGAGCUGUGCAAUACCAAAGAGCACGCAGGGCUGGGGUUACCAGAGAAAACAUCCUCAUGAUAAUUGGCUUCAAGAUCUUCACUGUCAGAAAACUCCACAGAUUGCAAUGGGCCAGCAAUAGGAUGUUGAGGGGCUGCUACAACCUUCGUGCCUGGUUUGGCUUUGUUUCACUAGAAUUCAGAGCUUCCAAUAUCUUCAAGUUUGUUCCUGUAUGUUUAUUUGUAUAUGGAUGGGCACUCUCGUUGAGAUUGGUGUCGGCUGGCGAAUGGAAACCCACAGAUACGAUUCAUAACUUUAUCAGGACAGGAUUUCGCAAGAUCCUCAAAUUUUCUGUUAUGAAUCUAAUCAGUGAGGAUUCAAGUAAUGAGCAGGUAUCUGUACCAAACAAGAUGGACCCAACAUGUCCGAAUAAUGUGUUGUACAAUUAUUUGAGGGUCCCGCUCAACAAUAAGGUGUUUUUCACGUUUCUGAACUCAGUUGAGGAGAUCAUCUCUGCAUGCAUCCACUUGUGGUUUACAACCAUCAACAAGAAUCUCCAGACCACAUUUGUAGAAAUGCCGCCUGAGUCUCUGACUCCUAAUGCAAAAAUCUGA